AUGGCGUCCGAGCAGCGCCGCUCUGCCAGGGCCAGCCUGUUCGGCGGGCUGUCCCGCAAGAACAGCAUGCGCGCCUCUGGGACGGAAAUCCAGACCAUCAUCGACAGAGAGAUAGAGAAGCAGAAGGAGAAGGCUGCGCGGGACGAGCUGCUCGACGAAGUGGCAGACCAGCUCAACAUCGUCGCCAGGGCGUCCGCAAGCAUGACGAGCAGGAUGAAGUCACGGAAGCAGAGGAGCGAAUUUGACCAAGGGGAGAAUGCGCCCGCUCGGGGGCAGGAGAAGCGACGAGAGAAGGCAAUGGCGCUCGUUACACAGAUGGGAGGAGGUGGAAAGCUCAGGGAACUCCUCGAAACGAAGGGCUCGGUCGACGCCAUCUGGACGGUGAACAAGACCACGACCGCGCCCGGCCACCCGAACUUCACCGGGCGCGCCGGACACAGCGCCCUGACCUUCUCGAACAAGGAGUACCGCAUCUUCGUGUUCGGCGGCAACGACGACAGCGGCGCCACCAGCGACCUCUUCGUCUACAACACCAAGUCCCGGUCCUGGGCCUCGAUGGCACAGUUCUAUCCCCCGGAGCCCGCGGCGUACCGCGGGUUCGGGCUGAUCGCGCCCCGGCGCGAAAAGCUCGGGAAAGGCGCAGUGCCGCGCAUCCUGACGUACGGCGGGUUCGCGAACGGGUCGGUGCUGGACUCGGUGUUCGUGCUGGACGAGUUCAAGCCGUUCGUGGACGGCGUGAACGCGAAGAGCACGCUCCUGCGCGCGCGGCCGGGCGCGGUGCCCCCCGAGGGCCACACGUCUGACAUUUGGUACGAGUACACCCAGGAGACCUCCGGGGAGGUCCCCGUGGGGCGCAGCAACCACGCGCUGUGCGUGCUCGAGGGCGCGAAGCUCGUGCUCAUCCACGGCGGCUGGAACACGUCGUUCGUCGACCACGUGUACGUCCUCAACACCGACACCUGGCGCUGGGCGUACAAGGUGGUCCGGCCGGAAAACGGCAGGGUCGGGGCGGCGCCGGCGGGGCGCGCGUCGCACGCGUACUGCGUGUUGCCGGGCCAGCGGCUGCUGAUCCACGGCGGGCAGAACGCGCAGGGGCAGCGGAACGACGCUUGGAUCCUGGACAUGCGCACGUUCGAGUGGACGCGGCCGAUCAUCGAGGGAGCCACGCCGCCGGGGCGGUCGGGGCACACGAUGACGUACCUGCCGAAGGAGGACCUCGUCGUGCUGCUCGGCGGCUGGACUGGGUCCUCCAUGGUCGGCGACGUCCUCAUUUUGGACGUCCGUGGGGACCCGAAGAAGGAUUGGAAGUGGCUGCAGGUGAACCAGCGGGGCGCGCAGUUCAAGGGCCGCGCGGGCCACACCGCGACGCUCAUCCGCGACAAGCGGAUUUUCGUGAUCGGCGGCACCCUGGGCACUGGGGACCUGGCCGCCGACGUGCUGUUGCUGGAGCUGGACCUGCGCGGGCUGCAGCGCGGGCUGCUGCACGGCUUGUUCGAGCGGCUGGAGUCGCAGUUCGACCAGGCGGGCGAGGAGGAGGAGCUUCAGGAGGCGCAGCGGCGCGCAGCGAUGGCGGCGGUGCUGUCGGUGCGGCAGCUGCGGCCCGGGGACUACGAGUCGCUGGAGGACCUGGACGGGAAGAUCGGCGACGCGCGGACGAUCGUGCAGGCGAACACGAUCCUGCUGCGGCAGCAGCAGCGCAAGCACGAGCUGGCGACGCAGCGGGAGAAGGAGCGGCGGCUGGUGGAGAUGCGGAACAAGAUCGUGACGCGGUGCAUCCAGGGCGGGGCGACGCCCGAGGAGGCGCAUGCCGUGGCGGAGGGGCACGAGACGCCCGAGCUGAUGGCGCGCAUCAUGGCAAACCUGAGGCAGCUGGAGGGCAACGGGCUCGACGCAGUGCCGCCCGCGCCGAACCUCGCACCGGACGAGGUGGCGGCGGAGAACGAGCUGUCGAAGGAGGCGAAGCUGCUGGCGCUGGAGCGCCGGCUGCUGGCCGACCCCGACGCGCUGGACUCGGCUCUGGACGAAUUAGUCCUCACGGGGGGGUUCGAGGAGCUGACCAAGGAGGAGAAGGCGCGCAAGGAGGCCGUGUCGGCGCUCAUCGACAUGGGCGGCCCGCUCGAGGGCAUCGGCCAGGAGCUCGCUCUCGCCGUCGCUGUCGGGUCGGACCAGACCGCCGACCAGGGCCCUGGCGCGCCGCAGGCCGGCGUGGAGCGGCCGCGGCGGCGCGGCCCCGCUGCGGCGCCGGAGGAGGGCGCGGAGGGCGAGAUCCGCGCUGCGACGCGCCCUGGCGCCGUCGGGCCGCUCGGGCUGGGCCGCGCGGGCCUGGACGGGCGCAAGCGAGCGAUGCUCACGCGGAUGGCGAGCUUCACGCGGAUCGAGGAGGACGAGGGCGAGGGGGACGCGGACGAGGCGCGGAAGCCCGUGCUGCAGCCGGACGAUCUGAUGCGGGCGGCGGUGGGGUCGGAGGAGGUGACGAACGUGCAUGCGCUGACCGCGCGGGCGCGGUGGACGCGGGCGGCGUGGGCCGCGACGACCAUCCAGAAGUGGUGGCGCGCGCGCCUCGCGCGGCGCCUGAUGCUGUUCGUCAGGACCAUCGUGCGCAUCCAGGCGUGGUACCGCGGCUUCCAGACGCGGAAGGAGCUGCGGGACCAGGGCAUCGUUCUGUCCAACACCGCCAUCCGCUCGUGGGUGGCGAACAAGGCGCGCGUGCAGCGCUACCAGCGGCUGAAGCAGGCGCAGCUGGAGCAGCUGGAGAAGGAGGCGGCGCAGAAGGAGCGGCAGAAGGACAACGCGGGGAAACGCAGGCUGUCCUUCGCGGCCAACCAAUUCGACGCGGAUCUCAUGUGA